AUGUAACUGUGGUAUCAAUAUACCUCAUUAUACCUCAUUGUUAUUACGUAAAAUAUUAAUGUGUAAGGAAUUUAUAUGGUGCUAAAAGGAUAAACUUGUAUGGUGCUAUUAGAAGGUAACAUAGGUGCCGUUAAGAACGCUUACACGCAGCUACCGAUGACCGAUGCUCGUUUGUUUGGGUUACGCGGGCAGCGAGUCUGUCGCUUAUAAGUGGAUAUGAAUUGUAGACUCAGCGAUAUGGAGCGGUGAUUCAAUCCGUGGCACUGGAGUUUCACGGCACGACUGGGGCAUGUAUGGCGCACAAAAUGGAGGACUCUUUGUCCAAAGCCACAUCAUAGGAAUAAAGGAAAAUUAUACCAACGAAGUUUCCAUGUCCUGCUGGCAGUCCAUGCAUGUCUGCGUAUUGCAGCAUGGUUUCGGAGGAAAGACCAUCAGCCCAAGAGCUGGCGGAGCUGGUGCCUAAAGCUGCCAACAGGCUGCGUCCCUACAUUCUGAGGACGCCCCUUCUCUUCUCGCCACCACUUUCGAAGGAAACGUCUGCUCAUGUCUACCUUAAGUUGGAGAAUGAACAGGUGAGUGGAUCCGUGAAGGCGCGAGGAGCAUUCAACAGAGCGGUGCUGAUGGCGGCUGAGGGCGUGAAGACUGUGUACGUGGCCUCCAGCGGGAACUUGGCCCUGGCUGCGGCUAUAGCCUUCUCAACCCUGGGACUGAAAGGAAAAGUUGUGAUCCCAACAAAUACUGAUGAAGACAAGAAAAGGAGAUUAAAGGAGGAAAGCAUUCUGUUGGUGGAACAUGGCACUGACUUUGUGCAUGCUGAGACCUUUGCAAUCAAGCAAGCACAGGAGGCACAGGAGGGUUACCUGUCCCCCACCAGCGACUACCAGGUGAUGGCUGGACAGGGGACAACUGCUCUGGAAAUCCUGGAAGACCUGCCCCAAGUAGAUGCAGUCUUUGUAACUGUAGGUGGUGGUGCUUUAAUAUCAGGAAUGGCUGCCUAUAUCAAAACCCAUCGCCCAUCAUGCAAGGUGGUGGGCUGUUCGCCCUUCAACUCUAGGGUGAUGCAUAAUUUGGUCCAUGAAGGGCACACUUUUAAUCUGGAGAUGCAAGACACACUGUCUGAUGCCACUGCUGGAGGAGUCAUAAAGGAUGCAGUGACUGUGCCAAUGUGUCAAGAAUUUGUAGACCAGUGGGUGCUGGUAGACGAGGAACAGAUAGCCGAGGCAAUCUGUUACUGCCUCAAAGAACAUAAAAAGGUGAUUGAGGGCGCAGCUGGGGUGGCACUGGCAGCAUUCAGAAAGGUCUCAGCGGCCUAUGUGGGAAAGAAUGUGGCAGUGGUCAUCUGUGGUGCAAACAUCAGCAUGGCCAAUGUACAUAUACUUGUCAACAAUAAUGAUAAGACUAAAUAUAUCAAUGAACAAAAAUCUUAGAUGACUGAUUAAGCAGCAGUUGAAAAAUCUCUAGUUUGUGAUGCUGGCCAUUCUGUCACUGAGGAGCAGUGCCCUGAUAUGGGAGGUAUUUCCACAACACUCUGAUACACUUGACUUGUCUACCACCACUAGGAGCCAUGCUAAAUUGAUACAAAGCAUCAAAGUUUAUCCAAAGGUGUCAUGAAUGAUUAGGAUAUUCCCAAACAAUUAUAUAAAAGGUUUAUAAAUAUAUAUUUACAUAAGGUAUACAUGCAAAAAAACAAAUAAAUUUAUAAAAAAAUAAUGCAUACAUACUGAGAAUAACUGUUACAAAAAUUAACUAUGAAGUAUUUUCAUCUGAAAAAGGAUUAUGAUUUAAACAAUAUAUGGACAUAAAGUUUUACUCUUCUUACUUCCCUUCCCUCUUCUUGUACCAGAGCCCUGCACUAAUCUAUAAGCACUUCCAUUUAACAAAAUACUAAGAAAAAAAUGCUUUAAAGGUUCACUGAAAAAUUAUAAAAUAUGGCACAUUAGCAUAAUUAACAUGGUGAGUAUGGAAUCUGAAUUUAAUACGAAGUGGAAUCUGAAUUUGAUAUGCAGAAAAAAAAUCAGUUAUACUGCACAGCUUUCAAAUAAAUUCUGAUACACAUUUACUGCUUAAUGGGCAGUACUCACAAAAUCUAAAGUGUGUGAGCGUGUGUGUAUGUGUGUGUGUGUGUGUGUGUGUGUGUAACUAUUAUUAGUGAUCUGUUGGUAGAACAAAUUCAAGUAUGACAAAAUGCAAAAAUGAGUAACAUAUACACAUGACAAUGAAACUAAUGAUAAUAAUGCAUCGAUCUAUAAUUUCCCCCAGGCAUGGUAUAAGGUGUACUCUGAUUGGGAUGCCUUUCAUUAGUUGUUAUACUCAUGCAGGGAUCUAUGAUUUUAGUAAGAAAAUAUACCUAACCAUCGUAUAUAAAAAUAAUAAUAAUAAUAAAAUCCCAGAAAUAAAAAGGUCAAGCCAUUAAUUGACAUGAAUGGUAGUAAAUACAAAAAAUGAGAAUUCUGAGAUUGUCAACCUCCACCAGGGACAGUGUCCGUUCUGCUUACAUAAAAACACAAAGAUCUAAGCCAGACUAUCUCCCAACCCUUUCUGGUAGCUCCUGAAAGCUCUAAUGGUCUGCCCUCAAUCACACAGGCAUAUUUUUCCAUAUUUGCUAUCAUUCAGUUAGUUAUUGUAAGAUAUUCUAAAAUAUAGUGAUUUCUCCUUUAGCCCAUGCCAGACCUUUUCGACAAGUUUCAGGAAAACUGUGCAAGUAGUCUUUGUAUAAUCCUGCUAACAAACAGACAGACAGACCAAAUCAAAAACAUAACAUCCUCGGCAAAGAUAAUUCAGAGCAAAAUUUUUUAGGACACCACAAUGUAAAACUCCUAUUGCUCACAAAGAGCUAACAAAAAUGAGGCACAACCAGGAUCUUUCUGAACGUGAACUGAGAACUCUACCAUUCAAUAAACCAAGCAAAAACAUGCAGUUAUUAAAAUACAGUACAUAGAUGAAUUUAUCCAUCCAUUUUGCCUCUGAUCAUAAACUGACAAAAUUAACUGAAGUCUACCUGUCCAAAGAAUAUGUUGACUACAGCUACUUUAUGCAUAUCAAUUUAUGUAAAAACCUGUGUUAAGCUUUACAAUGAAAUAUCAUAGGCAUGUUUCUUAAAUAUCUGACAUUAUCCUCCUAAACAUGACAGAAGUUUACUUUCAGAAUCUUUAACAUUACAUAGCUGGUAGGACAGUGAGACCUGAAUCCAAUUCUCACAAGAGUUCAUGCAUGGUAGUGAGUGUCAUGAGCUCAUCCCCCAUCACCCUCAUAAAAUAUCAAUAAAAUCAAUAAUUGCAAAUAGAGUAGGUAAGGUCCUUUCCUCCAUGUUUUAUGACCAUGUUUUGAUUGCUCCAACUGCCUUGCAUGCUCCAAUUGAAAAUGAUGAAACACAUCUGUUGAAUGAUGAAUAAUUUCUAAAAUGACUUUGACUAAAAAAUAUUCUUGUUGAUAUGCUUUAACCCAAAACCUUUCAGACAUCCUUCCAGUGACAUAAUGUAUAUAGUACCUAUAUUUACAGCUCUCAGGGCUCUGAUCAUGUGCUGAGCAGGAUGAUUUGAGGGAAGGUGUUAUUAUUCCCAGUAUCAUUGAACACACACACACUCACACACACACACACACACAUUAUUAUUAUUGACAUUAUUAUUAUUAACUGUUACAUGGAAGCAUCAGAACUGUUACACAUGCUAUCAUUAUUCAAAUAGGUAUACAAUUUAAAACAUUACUGAUAGUCAACAUUUGGAGACACACACACACACACAAACACACACACAGAGGCACUUGAUGGGCGGGGUCUUUGCCAAACUGUGACCCAGACUAAAGGAAGACACGUGGUCUGUUAUUUAAAGCUGAAAACAUGUAAACUGUGACCAACUGAGUAUGUAACGUCACAAACACGUCACCAUAUGUCACUCCGUAGGUCAUUAUCCACACACACAGUAAAUACAUUGUCCUUACACGCUGAGAAAACCGUGCAUGGUGGCAGGUGGUUUUAAGUAAAAGAAUUGAGCAUAUCCAGCUUCAAUAAUCCCCUUGUACUAACUAAGAAUGGUUUUUCUUUUCGGUAAAUCACCAUCUCAAUGCUCUCGCCUGGAAACCUUUGUAAACCUUUAGUGUUAGCCUCUCUGGAAGCUUUACGAAUUCCAUAAGGACUUGCGAACCCCUUAACCUCGUGAAUCCGAUCCCAGGAACAGAACAUAGUAACUUCACUACACACGGCUUUGAAACAGCUGAAAUUUGAAAGGCACAGGGAACUUCACUACAUACGGCUUUGAAACUUAGCAGAAACUAUGAAUGCACAGGAAACUUCAAUACACACGGCUUUGAAACUUGCUGUAGCUUUAAAGGCACAGGAAACUUCAC